AUGAAGUCGUGGUUCCUCUGGUUCCAUUGUUUUUUGUUGCCGCGACUUCUCGACUCUCUGGUAUGCUACAGCUGCACUGCCACCAUGUCCUCGGCCGUCGACGAGAGUGCUCAGAUAGCGAUGAGAAUCUUCCUGGAGUCCACUUAUUAUCUGCCAGCUGUUCAUCGUUACUGUGCGAUGGAGAAUGAUGUGGAAUUUAAAUCAAUCCCCACUUCCCAAUGCAAUGCAAACGAUAAAUGUGUUAAGAUAUCAGCGGAUGGAAAUGGUAAGAGAUAUUUGGGCUUGGUUAGAAUAGGUACAAGUAGUCAUCGGCAAGUGAAACUUUGAUUUUGGAGUUAAAUAUCUCAGCUGCAGGUCUACAGUUCGUGAUCCGAGGAUGCGAAUCACAGAUUUACAAACCGAAUAUCGGAGUUCAUGACGUUGGGUGUCGAGCUGGAGCAUCGCCAUCUCUCUGUUACUGCGAGGAGAAUCUCUGCAACUCGAUUUACAAGUCUCUGCCCUCUGUUUUCACGUUUCUGUCUCUUACUGCCCUGUAUUGCAUCUUAUAG